UCAGAUGCCCAAAGUAUCACUUGGCAUGAGCCCCCUCCAGUUGAGACUGUAACAGAUGAUAUACUGGUUCACACAAAUAACGUACAGCUUUAUACAGGGUCGCUUAACAAACGGCUGAACUGGACGUUUAGUCUAGCACAGGAUCCUGUUUUAGUACUUUUACAAAUUGAUGGUUCCGGUUUAGCCACAAUAACACCAUCAAUGUCAUCAGUUACAGUAGCUCAAGCCUUAUCCUCCAGACUCAAUGUAACCUGGGUCAGUGUACAUGUAACUCUGAUCAUUUUCAAUGUAACUACUGCUGAUGAAGGGGUGUAUAGCUGUCAGGUGACUGCUGCUAAUGUGAAAGUAUGGAAGCGCAACAUUAACGUGGCUGUUGUAGGUAACUACAAGGUUAUUGUUUAAAUUGUACUGUUCAUUUAGUAACACAAUCCCUCAUGCAUUCACGUACAUAGUGGCAGAUUAAUUUGUUGAACUCAACACUGCAAUGGAAGUUAAUGAAAACAAAGUGCAAUAGAUAAGGUAAAAGAAUAUUAUUGUAAUUCUAAUUAUUUUAUUGAUUCAAAAUCUUAAUUGAAAAGCUGAAAAUCCCUAGUUUUCUAUACAAAAUUGAUGUUUUUUGGCCAAAAUUGCACGUCAUGAUAAUUGCCUUAUACUAUUUUUAGGACGAUGACGUUGUCGAUUUUUGAAUUUGAAUUUGCCAGUCACUACAUUGGAAGUGCCAAAUUAAUAUUAUUAUCCACCAAUAAACUGUACUCAACGCUAUUAAUUUUGUACUUGUUCAUUUAUUUAUAUGAAACAUGACUUAAAAAAUAAAAAAUAAUCAUUUUGAAAUUGACAUUGUUAUUAUGUCUUAGUCCCAGCUACCAUCACCAAUGUAAGUAGUGACAAACCUUUGCUUGAGGGUUCAGAUCUGCAGCUGUUCUGCAUUGCAUCUGGCAGACCAGCUCCAAAUAUCACCUGGGUGAGAAUCUUCCCAAGUAGUAGUGAGAGUAAUGUACUGCACAGGGGUACCACCUGGAAUUUUAAAAAAAUUAGUAGGACUGAGGCUGGCACUUACCGCUGUAUAGCUAGCAAUGGAGUAGGAAAUCCAGUGAGUCGUACACUACGAGUUAAUGUAGCAUGUGAGUACAUG